AUGGCUGACAGUUGCAUCUCCAUGGCACUAUCUGAUUUUUAUAAUAUUUAUAGCAACAACAGUGUAAGAUUGGUGCUUCACACCAUAGACUCCGGAGGAGAUGCUGUGGGAGCAGCAUCUGCAGCUUUAUAUUUGAUGAAAGAGAGGAAGGUGCAAGCUAUCAUAGGGCCACAACAAUCAGAGCAAGCUAAAUUCGUGAUUAAUCUUGGAGAAAAAGCUCAAGUGAAUGCAACUGCUUCCAUUUUUGAAGCCUAUGGAUGGAAGGAAGUGGUUUUGAUCUAUGAAGAUACCGAAUAUGGAAAUGGAUUGGUACAUUAUUUCAGUGAUGCCUUCCAACAAAUCAAUGUCCUUAUUCCAUAUAGGUGUGUCAUUCCUCUAACAGCCACAGAUGAUCAAAUAUUGGAAAAGCUUUACAAAUUGAUGACCAUGAAAACUAGGGUAUUCUUGGUCCACAUGACAACUUCCAUUGGGUCCCGGCUUUUUAACAAUGCAAGAAAUGCAAGAAUGAUGGAUCAUGGCUAUGCAUGGAUUACAACAAGCGGUUUAUCAAGUUUAUUAGAUCAUAUUGAUUCCCAUGCUAUUGAUUCAAUGCAAGGUGUAUUGGGAGUGCAGCCAUAUAUACAAAGCUCUAAACAACUUGAAGAUUUUAAUCUCAGAUGGAAAAGGAAAUUUCUAUCAAAGAAACCACAUAGUGAAAUAACUGAGCCAAGUCUAUUUGGAAUAUGGGCUUAUGAUACAGUUUGGGUACUAGCCAUGGCAAUAGAAAGAGUUGGAACCUUGAAUCCUCACUUCUUGAGUUUCAAAAGUAGUGGUGAAAAUGCUUUCACUGAUCUUUCAAACCUUGGAUACUCUGAAAUGGGUCCAAAAUUUCGCAAAACCAUACGGAGUACUAGACUUAAGGGGGGCCUAAGUGGAGAUCUCAAUUUGAUAACAGGGCAACGUAAACCUUCAGCUUUCCAAAUACUCAAUGUGAUUGGGAAACAACGAGUGAUCGGAUUCUGGACUGCAGCGAAAGGCCUUUCACAGAAUUUAAAUGCUACAGAUAAGUCGAUGUAUUCAGCUUCCGCAGAUGAUCUUGAAACUCCCAUAUGA